AUGGAUCAUAUUAGUAAUGAGGCUGGAGUUGACCGUUUUCCAAUAGGUCCUUCAGACAUUAUUGGGAGAACGGUUGCUUUCAGGGUUCUAUUUUGUAAGUCCAUGUCACAUUUUAGGCACCAGAUAUUUCAUGUGCUGUUAGAUCUCUUCUAUAGGUUUAGGGGGGGUUUGGCAUCCUUUAUAUCAUGGUUGCAUCCCAGAAAUCCUCAGGGGAUACUGGCAAUGAUGACAAUUGUUGCUUUCUUGUUGAAACGAUAUACAAAUGUGAAAGUAAGGGCUGAAAUGGCGUAUAGGAGGAAGUUUUGGAGAAAUAUGAUGAGAUCUGCUUUGACCUAUGAGGAGUGGGCUCAUGCAGCUAAGAUGCUUGAUAAAGAGACAACAAAGAUGAAUGAAUCAGACCUUUAUGAUGUGGAAUUGGUGAGGAACAAGCUUCAAGAGCUCCGCCACCGUCGGCAAGAGGGAUCUCUUAGAGAUAUAAUAUUUUGUAUGCGUGCCGAUCUCGUUAGAAAUUUAGGUAAUAUGUGUAAUCCUGAACUACACAAGGGUAGGCUUCAGGUGCCCAAAUUAAUCAAGGAAUACAUUGAUGAAGUAACGACUCAAUUGAGAAUGGUCUGUGGUUCUGAUUCGGAGGAGCUAUCAUUGGAAGAAAAGCUUGCUUUCAUGCAUGAAACUAGGCAUGCAUUUGGGAGGACUGCUUUGCUGUUAAGUGGGGGUGCUUCUCUUGGAGCUUCUCAUGUGGGUGUAGUUAAAACACUGGUAGAGCAUAAACUCUUGCCUAGGAUAAUUGCUGGUUCAAGUGUGGGAUCCAUUAUGUGUGCCGUUGUUGCCACUAGGACUUGGCCUGAGCUUCAGAGCUUUUUCGAAGAUUCCUGGCACUCAUUGCAAUUUUUUGAUCAAAUGGGUGGGAUUUUUACAGUUGUAAAGAGAGUCACAACAUUUGGUGCUGUUCAUGAGAUUAGACAGUUGCAAAUGAUGUUGAGGCAUCUGACAAGCAACCUUACCUUUCAAGAAGCUUAUGACAUGACAGGUAGAAUUCUUGGAAUCACGGUUUGUUCCCCAAGGAAGCACGAACCACCUAGAUGUCUUAACUACUUGACUUCACCCCAUGUGGUUAUAUGGAGUGCAGUCACUGCAUCUUGUGCCUUUCCUGGUCUUUUUGAGGCUCAAGAGUUGAUGGCAAAGGAUAGAAGUGGGGAGAUUGUUCCUUACCAUCCUCCAUUUAACUUAGGUCCUGAAGAGGGCUCCACACCAGCGCGCCGUUGGAGGGAUGGUAGCUUAGAGAUUGAUUUACCUAUGAUGCAGUUGAAAGAACUAUUCAAUGUCAAUCAUUUUAUAGUUAGCCAGGCCAACCCUCAUAUUGCACCAUUAUUGAGAUUGAAAGAAUUUGUGCGGAAUUAUGGGGGAAACUUUGCUGCCAAGCUUGCUCAUCUUGUAGAGAUGGAGGUCAAACAUAGAUGUAAUCAAAUACUGGAACUUGGUUUUCCAUUAGGUGGACUUGCUAAGUUGUUUGCUCAAGACUGGGAAGGUGAUGUGACUGUUGUUAUGCCUGCAACUCUUGCUCAGGAGUAUAUGCUUCAUUUACUAAAAGAUGCUUCAGUUAGUAAUUAUGACUGUGUCCUGUUCCAGUACACCAAAAUUAUACAGAACCCUUCUUAUGGAGAGCUUCAAAAGGCGGCCAACCAAGGGAGAAGAUGUACAUGGGAGAAACUUUCAGCCAUAAAAGCAAAUUGUGGCAUUGAGCUUGCCCUUGAUGAGUGUGUACUGAUUCUCAAUCACAUGAGAAGGCUAAAAAGAAGUGCUGCGAGGGCUGCUUCCGCUUCUCAUGGUUUGUCCAGUACUGUCAAGUUCAGUGCUUCUAAAAGAAUUCCUUCAUGGAAUUGCAUUGCAAGAGAGAAUUCAAGCGGCUCCCUUGAGGACCUUACUGAUGUUGCUUCCUCUUUGCAUCAAAGUAUUAGCAGUUCCAAUGUGACCAGUGGUAAAACUAGGAAGACCCACCGUGGCAUUCACGAAGGAAGUGACAGUGACUCUGAAAGUGUUGAUUUGAACUCUUGGACAAGAUCUGGUGGGCCUUUGAUGAGAACUACAUCGGCAAAUAUGUUCAUCGAUUUUCUCCAAAACUUAGAAGUUGAUACUGAAUCAAAUAAAGUCGUAGUAAGUCAUGCUAACCCUAAUGAAUUUCAGUAUCGUAGCCCCAGGCUCACAACUCUGGAUAGGAACUCCGAUAGCACAGAAUCUGAGCAAAGGGAAAUUGGCAGCAGGGUGGUUAAUGGGUCCAGCAUACUAGUGACUGCUGGUGAUUUUUUGCAGCCUGAAAGGAUCCAUAAUGGCAUUGUGUUUAAUGUUGUCAAGAAAGAAGAUGUGACACCCUUAAACAGGAGUCAUGAUUUUGAAAAUUACAACAAUGAAGUUGCUGAAUGUGUCCAAGAUGAGUGUCCAGGGAAGGAGAUGGAUGCUGGUAGUUCAGCUUCUGAACUUGGAGAUGAUGAAUCCACACCAGCCACGUCCUUAACCGCAUUUCCAGAUCAUAUUUCUAUGGAUCAUCAUUCGGGCACAGAUUCGAGUGUAGAUCGGAGCAUUGUUGAUGGCUAG